GUUGUCUCCCUUCGUCGGUAUUCUUCACCGCCAUAGUGACUUGCAUGUUGCCGGCAAGAGAAAAGGAGGAGUUCUCGAAAGAUUUACCUGGACUAUUGGAUUCAGAUAUAUUCCAUAGUGACGAAUUCAGAAAUUUCAAAAGUUUUACACCAUGAGUAUCCUUGAGUACAAUGGUGCGGCUAUCAUUGCCAUGAAGGGAAAGAACUGUGUGGCAAUAGCUGCUGACAGAAGGUUUGGUAUACAAGCUCAGACUGUUAGUACAAACUUCCAGAAAAUGUUUGAGAUGGGACCAAGACUAUUCAUUGGAUUACCAGGUCUAGCAACAGAUGUACAAACAGUUGCUCAAAAAUUACAGUUCCGUGUGAACCUGUAUGAACUCAGAGAAAACAGAAGAAUAAAACCAAAAACAUUCAUGAGCAUGGUAUCCAAUUUGUUAUAUGAAAGGAGGUUUGGCCCUUAUUUUGUUGAACCUGUAAUAGCUGGUCUUGACUCAAAGACAGGUGAACCAUAUAUUGCCUCAAUGGAUCUGAUUGGCUGUCCUAUGGUGACAGAGGAAUUUGUUGUAAGCGGAACCUGCUCCGAACAGAUGUACGGCAUGUGUGAAUCACUAUGGAAACCAGAUAUGGGACCUGAGCAACUGCUGGACACAAUAUCACAAGCUUUACAGAGUGCUGUAGAUCGAGAUGCAGUGUCAGGCUGGGGCUGCAUGGUCCACAUCAUAGAGAAGGACAAGGUCACAACAACAGAACUAAAAGGAAGAAUGGACUAACUGUGAUUAUCAUAUGUACACAUUUCAUAGACAUUUCACUAUUAUAACAUGUGUCUGUUAUUUACACAUGAUGGCUGACCUGUGGACAAACUCUUAAUUCCCUACUUCCAAGGAUGGUUCCAUGUGAAUUAAUUAAAAGGAUAAACAGACUUGUCAGCAGACAUUGUCAAACACUUCUUCUUUCUUCUAAAAUGUUAACAAUUAUCUAUGUGACAUGAGAGUAUUUAUUUCUCAGUGGAUCACAUAUGUUUCCCUUUAAAUUGUGGUCAUAAUAACAGAAUGAAAAGCAUUAUUUGGUGUGCGUAUGUAUAUCAAAAUUUGCAAAUUAAAAACUAUUUGAACAUGAAAUAAGUGAAAUGUUUGCACAGACAGAGAAAUCUUGACACACUAUAACGGAGGAACCGUGCACAAACAUAAAGUGCUAGCACAGUAAAUAGUGCAUGACAUGAAAAAAUGUCUUCAUCAUUGACAGAACUUUUAUGUAUGGUUGGUGAACACAUGUUAAUUACAUUAGAAUGAAUCUGUGUAUGCAAAUAAAUAUUUGUCAUUUAA